UACAGAAAACAGAAGAAAAGCGGACAGUCAAUGAAAAGGCCUCGCGUUGUUCACCGGGAAAUCUCUAUUUCCCCCGUCACUGACGUCACAGGCUCGAGUCGGCCAAUGGCAUGUCGAGUUUCCCUCGGAUAUUGAUCAGCAAUGGCGUCUGUGGGAAAACAUAUGGAGCGGUCAAAAGGGUAGAUAGAAGGAUUGAUUGCAGCAUGAGACUGACCCUUUUGGUAGGGAUGGUUUUCGUGGCAUGCUGUUCUGGACAGAGAACAGUGCACGAGGGCAGCAGAUUGUUUAACAACCAUAGAUACCUGGAAUACCUUAACGAUUUGGACAGAAGAAAUGUCGAGUUGGAAUACGACAUGCACAAACAGUGGCCAUUUCUGGUGCCCAAAACACCGGAACCCAAAAACCUGGAAAAAAGUGGAGAUGCAAAUUUCGACAACAGAAUCAAUUCGAAGAAUUUGGAGUACUUGAAGGAUGUGGCAGACUUGGCUAGAGAACAAUGGAUUAACAGAGACAGACAAUAUCAAGAAUAUAAUCCACACACGAGCGAUGACAGUUACAACAAGCACAUGAGACAUAUGGCCGAUUUACCCAGUCAACUGAGUCAGUACAUAAGGUACAAUGUUCCCACGCAAGAAAAACUGGAAGAAGCCAGAAUGUACCCUGUGGAAGAAGAUUUCACGUUCAAUGAUGAUGAUGAUGAACCUGAAGAUAAAUAUCAACUAAGCGAGAAUAACUUCCUCCCCGAAGAAGAACAGACUUACCAAGGUUCUCUCGGACAUCCGAUAUUCUCCAACAUUCUCCAUAAGUCUAAAAACGCUCGUGAGAUAAUGCAAGACUAUGAAGAAGCUGAAGAAGAAGUGCCAAAACACUCUUCACAUCACGAUCACGAAGACUACAAAUUCAAGGAGGGUGAAGAGUUCCCCCAAACGAUAUCGUUUGAUGAUAUACCUUUGGCAGAUGAUCCUAGUGAGUUUGGUGUGGGUCCCUCAGAUAUACGAUUCUUCAAAGACCCAUUAAGAACAGAAGAGGAGAUCACCAUAACACCAAGAUCAAAGAUUGCUUCAAAACAGGCCGAUGUCAAACUGCAUCUGACCAAACCAAAAAUAGUGGCUUCUAGAAGUGACUCAAACCAACCAAACGAAAACUCACUUUUAAACCAAGGAUCUUCCGAGAAAGAUGUUGAAGUAGUUCCCUUCAAGCCUGAUUCUCCUCAAGUCGACACCGCCGGUGUGUACAUUAUUGCUGUCAUUGCUGGAAUCAGCGCUGCCGCUACUGUGGGUCUUAUAGCAGUUGGUAUAGGAUGGUACAAUUUGCAGAAACACAUGAAAAAUGCAGAAGACAGCGACUACCCCUCGUAUGGCAUCGUUGGUCCAAACAAGGAUUACGAAAAGAAGGACAGAGAUGAUGCAGGUGAUAGAAGAUUGGCCCAAUCAGCUCAAAUGUAUCAUUACCAACAUCAGAAACAGCAGAUUAUAGCUAUGGGACGAAAUCCACAGGGUGGACAUGGAUCUCAAUCAGACACUGAAGAAGAAGAAGAUGAAGAAGGAAACUAUACAGUGUAUGAAUGUCCUGGAUUGGCUUCUAUCGAAGGACCAUUGGAAGUGAAAAAUCCUAUGUUUGAUGACGACCAACUGGCUACACCCUCGCAAACCCCCUCUAAAUCGACCAAUCAGGACGAUACAAAGUAAAUUUCAACGUCCUACUCUGUCACUUCUCUCAAUAUCUUUUAGUAUCGAUACUUUUUCCACUACCGAUGGUAUUUAUAUCUAUUAUCGAAAAAAGUAAGAGAUACAUUGAUACAUACCUCUAAUUAUUAAUAUAGAUUUAUCCAUACAGCAAAGAAGUGCGUUUUUUAUCAGGACCUCCUUAAUCAAAUUUGAGCUGGGAAUUAUUAAAAAAAACAUCUAUAUACAAGGCGAGGCAGUAUUAGGAGAAGAGCUCUAUUUAUGUUUCCUAUUUGGGACUACUCAUUUUUUUUAAACUUAGUAUAGAUUAUUAUUACAUUAUUUAUACAUUUUUUGCCAGACGUGUAUGUAAUGGCCAAAGAAUAUACAGCAUUCUAUUUAAAAUACUUCAAAUCUUAAUGAAUCAUUCUGUAUAUGUAUAUGACAAUAUAUUUUUUAAUUUAAAUUAAAAAUGUAGGAAUCUCAAAUAGGAGACCUAAUAUUCAGAUUUUUGGAGACCCCGUCGUGCCAUCCUGUAUAAUAUACCUAUUUAUUAUUCUCUUGAAUAAAGAAGCGCUUUGUAUUAUUUAAUUUAAAUAUAACUUAAGUCAGUUUUUACCUAUAUUGCUGGUUGCAUACCCAAUUAAAUUAUGUAAAUUUUAUUAUCAAAAUAAAUUUCCUCUGUCUUAUUUUAAUAAUAUUAUAAACAAAAAGCUCUUAGAAAUGACCAAACGCAGCAUAUAUUAAUGACAAUAAAUUAUAUACAAACAGUUUUUUUUAAUUACCUAAGCUAAAUGUAAAAAGUUUUAUAUAAUUUUUUUGUAAUAAAAGAAUCUCUUACUUUUUCGAGAAUCAAUUCCAUAAUUAUGAAAACCUUUUCAAACUUUAUCAUAUAUUAUCUGAUAAUAGAAAAGGAAUAGCUCUAGAAACAGAGUGUAUUUAAGAAUUAAAUGUGCAUCACUCUGUAAUUAAACUUAUACAUACACUUAAACAAAUGAUAAUAUUUGUAGAUAAUAGAUUAUAUAUGUAUACAGAUUAAUGUUGAGUAUUUUGUUUAUUUAUGUCUUAUAAAUUAUAUGGAGAAAUUUUAAUAUAGAUGGAAUUAUUUCAUUUUUUUAAAUUAAGAGGUGAGAGGUCAAGCUAAAUGAUCUGAUAAAUAUUGUUUUAAAACACAUUUUUAAGGGUUAUUUGAAAUGUAUCUUUAAAAAUCAUUAUUUUGAUGAAUUCAUUUGCAAAAUUCUAUAUUCGUGUUUGACCUAAUCACCCCACACAUGCAUUAAUUAAUGUUUUAUUUAUGCUGUGAUUGAUAUACUUAGUCAAUUUUCUCAGCAUACAGAAAAGCCUAUUAAAAUAUACCAGAGUGACCUGAGAGUGAGUCAGUAUUCUGAAAAAGCGCAUUAUCUACGUAUUAUUGAUGCAAAAAGAAUGUACGUAAAAUCGCUGUAUAUACCUACAAAAAUAUUAUAAAAAAUUGUAUUGCCAUUCCUCACAUAUUGUGUGAAAAACCUUUUUGGGAUACUGUCUCACUCUAUAUUUCCUCAUUAAAGAAAAUAUACAGGGUGUAACAUGUCUAUUAAGUCUCAAAAUUUAUUAAAACUAGUAUGCUAUUUCUGAAUGGAAAAAAUACAUAUCUUAACAUCAUUCUUCUUUAAUAAGCUUUUCUUUCUGUUGAUAAACAUCAAAUUUAGAAAUUAUUUUUGCUAAAUUAAAUAUAAAUUAUUGCUCUUAUACUUAAUAAAUUAUUUACAGAC